CCCGGGCCCCUGUACCCCUUCUACUGGCAGUCCCACUCCCCUGCCCAGUUAAAGGAGGAAGAUAAGGCUGGGGGAGGAGGGGAAAGCCGGCCACUCGCUGCACCUGAAAGCCAGGUGGGCGCCAAAGAUCACUCGGUCCUUACCGUCGCCACCGCCUGCCGCGACGCCCAGCCUCGCAUUUAUGCCUCAUUACUCUGGCGCCUCGCAGGGGUCUGGCCGGGAGAGCAGGGCCGGAGGGUGGCGCGCGGUUCCAAGUUGCGCACAGUCCGGGAAGCUGAUGAUGGUCCCCUCCAAGGACUUGUGGCCUCCCGCAUUGAGACUUAUGGGGGCCGGCAUCGGGCCACCACCCAGAAUCCUGCUGGCAGUCUCUAUCCCCGAGGAGGGCCUGUGCUGGAUCCCAGUCGCCGACGCUUCCAAGACUACGUCCCCUUUGCCAAGGGUUCCGGCCAGGUCCGAGGCCUGUCUCCCCUGAAGUUGCGAGAGCCAGAGCAUGAGAAGAGGCAUGGAGGCUAUUUGGGGGCUGGCCCACCACACUCCCCCAAACUCAAGGAAGUCCCCAAGGCCCAACAACUGGAGAUGAGGCUGCAUACAUUCAGCAUGUUUGGGAUGCCCCGCCUGCCCCCUGAGGACCGUCAGCACUGGGAGAUAGGAGAGGGCACUGACAGUGGCCUGGUCAUUGAGAAGUCCUGGAAGGAGCUGGUGCCUGGGCACAAGGAGAUGAGCCGGGAGCUUUGCCACCAACAGGAAGCACUGUGGGAGCUGCUGACCACCGAGCUGAUCUAUGUGCGGAAGCUCAAAAUCAUGACCGACCUCCUGGCCGCCGGCCUGCUGAACUUGCAGCGAGUGGGGCUCCUGACCGAGGUAUCAGCUGAGACCCUGUUUGGAAAUGUCCCCAGCCUGAUUCGAGUCCACAAGAGAUUUUGGGAAGAGGUGCUGGGGCCCACCCUGGGGGAGGCUCGAGCCUCAGGCCAGCCUCUGGACCCUGUCAGUCUACAAGACGGCUUCUUGACGUUCAGCCAGCGGUUCCAGCCCUAUGUCCAAUACUGCCUGCAAGUGAAGCAGACCAUGGCCUAUGCCCAGGAACAGCAAGACAACAAUCCUCUCUUCCAUUCCUUUGUGCAGUGGUGUGAGAAGCACAAGCGCUCGGGGAGGCAGAUGCUGGGUGACCUACUCAUCAAGCCCCACCAGCGCAUCACCAAGUACCCGCUGCUGCUCCAGGCUGUGCUUAAGAGGAGCCCUGAGGCACAUGCCCGGGAGGGCCUGAGCGCCAUGAUUGCCGCUGUGGAGUCAUUCCUGCGAUACGUCAAUAAACAGGUGCGCCAAGGGGAAGAGCAGGAGAGCUUGGUGGCUGCAGCCCAACGCAUUGGGCCCUACGAAGUGCUGGAGCCAUCCAGCGAGGAGGUGGAGAAGAACCUGCGUCCAUUCUGCACCCUGGACCUGAUGUCGCCCAUGCUGGGGGUCGCUCCCGAGCACACCAGGCAGCUGCUGCUGGAGGGACCCGUGCGAGUGAAGGAGGGGCGAGAAGGGAAGCUGGAUGUGCACCUGUUCCUCUUCUCUGAUGUGCUGCUGGUGACCAAGCCCCAACGCAAGGCAGACAAAGCCAAGGUUAUCCGUCCCCCACUCAUGCUGGAGAAGCUUGUGUGCCGACCACUCCGAGACCCUAACAGCUUCCUGGUGAUCCAUCUCACUGAAUUCCAGUGCGUCUCCAGUGCCCUCGUUGUGCACUGUCCCAAUGCUGCAGACCGUGCCCGGUGGCUAGAGAAGACCCAGAAGGCCCAGAUCACCCUGCAAAAGCUGAAGACAGAGGAGUAUGUCCAACAGAAGAGGGAGCUCCUAGCUCUCUAUCGGAACCAGGACCGGGAGGCCCCACGCACCAGGCCCUCCUCACCUUCCCCGGAGGACUCUCAGAGCAGCGCAGAGGGGAGGACUCCAGAGUUCUCAACCGUCAUCCCCCAGCUGGUGGUGACAGAAGACGUGGAUGAAGAGCCUCUGUUGGUACCAGAUGAUACUUCAGACUCUGGCUAUGGGACCCUGAUCCCAGGCUCCCCCGAGGGGCCCCAUUCUGUGAGCCGUCUAGGCCCACAGGCCCUUCGGCGUGACCCUCGUCUCACCUUCUCCACCCUGGACCUCCGAGAUGUUCCUUUGCGCCCUCAACCUCCCAACGCCCAAGCCCCCCAACGCCAAAGCGCCCCUGAACUGCCAGGGGAAGGUAUCCGAAGAGGAAGCAGCCUUCCCAGGCGAGAUCCACCAACCUGGUCUGAAGAAGAAGACGGGACCUCAGUAGAUGGGAAUGUGGUAGCAGAAACGCUGUAUAGGGCCCGACUUCGGAGACAGCUCCCCCCAUCCCCAACCCACACUGACUCUGCUGGGGAAAGCCCCUGGGAGUCCUCAGGGGAUGAAGAAGAAGGGCCCCUCUUCCUGAGACCUGACUGCACCCCCUCCCCUCGCCCUCUCCGGGCUGAGGACAUGCUCAGAGAGAUCCGGGAAGAACUGGCCAGCCAGAGGAUUGAGGGCAUCCCCGAGCCUCAGAGGAACAACAGCCCUCAGAAGCUGACCCGGGUCCAACUGCGGAGAAUGCGUGGGCCCCACAUCAUUCAGCUGGACACCCCCCUGUCCACAUCAGAGGUGUGAGGAACACUCAGGACCUUUGGCAUUUCUCCCGGAGGAAAUCUCUCCCCACGAGUGCUGGCCACCACCCCACCCCUGGACUCUACCUCAAGGACCACACUUCCCAAUAAGAAGCCUGGCCCCGGGCACCAUGCCCUUCCUGCUCUGAGGGCUUUGGGAUCAAGUGCUGUACAUUUUUGUACCACAGACAUACCAGAGCCCCACAUAAAAGUUGUACAUAAAAAUGA